AUGUCCGCAAGCGCCUCCUGCCCCUUCAAGCACUACGACCGCGACCUCAUCCGCGACGACCUCGAGCAGCGCGUCACCUUCAGCCGCGACUUCCUCCGAUUCGACGAGGAGAGCGGCAAGACCCUCAACUCUGUCGCCAGCGUCGUUGCUCCCCUGGUCAAGCCCGUCGUCGACCAGGUCUACGUGCAGCUCUUCCGCUUCGACUACACCGCAUCCUUUUUCCUGAAGCGCAACGUCGGCUUCGAGGGCGAGCACGCUACGACGCUUGACAAGCUCACGCUCGACGACCCCCAGAUCGCCUUCCGCAAGUCCUUCCUCGUCAACUGGGUCACCAAGUGCUUCACCUCGGACUUUGAGAAGUUUGCGACCUGGGAGUAUUUCGACAAGGUCGCGCGCAUGCACACUGGCCAGGCGGCGUUCAAGCACCGCGCAAACAAGGCGCCGCUCGUCGUCGACCUCCAGCCUGCCGCUCUCCUCUUCGGCUGGGUCAUCGACGUCGUGAUCAAGGCUGUCAUGGCGCUCGACAACGACGUUGCCGACUUGCAGAAAAAGCAGGACAUCAUUUGCGCGUUCAACAAGCUCAUCUGGUGCCAAAACGACCUGUGGGUCAAGUACUACGCCAAGAGCGACGAGGAACUUGCGGCGGCGACCCUCAAGGCCAAGACUGAGGACCCGUCGGCCUAA